AUGGAAGGAUUCGCGCAAAACUCGGUGAAGCAGAAGAAGGGUUCAACGGCGGAGACUGUGAUGAACGGGUUUAGGGUUCACUCUGCGACAUCGUAUGGGUUGACCACUCAGGAUACAACGAAUCUUCUUGGGGGUUUGCCGCAGAAGACUUUAUUUGAUUCUUUGGACGUAUCAUGGUGUGGCUUCAACCGGUACUUUUGGAUGGAGGUGAGAGUGAAGAUAAAAAGAGGUGGGGCCGGGCCUCGAUGCGCACUCCCAAUUCUUGAUUUCCAAUUUUCUUCAAACCCUGGAACCUUCAGACUCACCAUUUUGAAAUAUUCUCUCUCUGGUUGGAAAUUGGAAGGUCACGUGGUAUAA